AUGUCCGAGUCGGCCACCGUACAAUAUGAUGGAGACAAUGCGGAGGAUGAGCAGCAGCGGCAGAUGUUCAAGGAACUCUAUCAGCGCACCGAAGCAAAGAUAGCUGGAUUAUUUGGUGGUAGGAAUGCAGAGGAGGAAGAGCCCGGGGAGAACUCCGCCGCGCAAAUAGACCAAUUGGCGGGAGAUGAGCCAAGUACCGCAGAGCCCAAAGAGCAAGCACCCAAGAAGUCUGCGCGGACUAUCGACGAAGACAACUACGAUGACGACGAUGAGGAUGAGGAUCAGGACGAUGUCCAAGAGUCCCCGCUUAAGAACAAAGGCGCCCAUGCGCUAUUGUCACCCUCGAAAUCGGGUAGUUCUCCUGUAUCCUCGGACAUAUCACCCACGAAGCAAGCCGAACAAAACAAAGAUGAUACAUCACAAGAGGAACCCAAGUCCUCCGAAGACGUACGGAAGCAGCUGGAGGAAGCCAAAAAAGCCACGGAAGAAUCGGCUAAGCGCAGCUUCCACACGUUGUUCUAUACUUUGGAAAAUGAUCGGGUUGCCAUGCUAGAACAACAGAGGUUGGAAGAGUCCGAAAAGCAGAUCGAAUCGGAAAUGGAUAGUGGAGGAAACACCAGCCAUGCAAAUGGAGCUAAUGGCGAGCACCACGGCUCCUUAAGUAGCGCCAACUUGGGCGCUUCUAGUUUGACUUUGAAGCAUCUCAUUGCUCGGAUAGACCUCAAGCGUGACCAGGUCCGAGCCUCUGAUGCUGAGCUACGGUCCUUGAUGAACGAGGUCCGCAAGAACAGGAGCAAAUGGGCUAGCGAGGAAAAUGUUCACCAAGAAGAGCUUUAUGAAGCUGCAGAAAAGGUCCUGAGUGAGCUGAAGGCCAUGACGGAAUAUUCCGCCCCCUUUUUAACAAGAGUCAACAAGCGAGAGGCUCCCGACUAUUAUAUUAUUAUCAAACAUCCAAUGGAUCUUGGAACAAUGACUAAAAAGCUAAAGACAUUGACUUACAAGUCCAAGGCGGAGUUUGUCGCUGAUCUGAACCUAAUCUGGGAUAACUGCUUAAAGUACAACGCUGAUAUCCAACACCCAUUACGGAGAAAUGCAAACUCGAUGAGGAAGGAAGCCGAAAAAUUAGUGCCUUUAAUUCCAGAUCUCACUAUCCGACCCCGGGCUGAGGUUGAAGCCGAAGAGCGCCGGAAGCAAAACGGAGGCGAGGAUGACGGAGGUGACGACAGCGAUGAUGAACCAAUCAUGUCUUCGAGAGGGCGAAAGGCAGGGGCCAAAGGCUCGAAGGCAAGAAAAGCCCAUCCUGAUAGAGACGAAGGCACCCCUGGGAUAGAUCAAAAGCCCUCACUCCAACUUAAUGGACUUCUCGGGAAACUCGGCCACGAAGGAUCCGACGCCGGUAUGGAUGGCAGCCAGAACGGUUUUGCUACUCCGCCCAUUGGGUCCAUUACUCCUAGUGGCAUGAACGGAAUUCCAGGACUUGGAAGCCAAGCCGACGGAAUGGACAUUGAUGGACCAUCAAUAAAUGGGCUGUCUUUAGGGCAAGCACUCGGUGCCGUAGCUGAUGACCUCCAGGAAGACGAAGAGUACAAGAUCUGGAAGCAAGUUACAAAGAAAGAUCGAGCGCUCGUAGCCAAAGAACGAAAUCGGCUUUUCAGGGGAGACAAACUUAAUAUUGACGAACCUGCUUUGCUUCGUACCAAGGCAGGCAUGAGAAGGUGGCUUCGCCAACAAAAACAAGCCCAGUCUGAUGCCACUAGCUCAGAUGCUAACGCAAAAGGAGCCAAGGAUGCAAUCCAAGGCGUCGAAACGUUGGCUGAGGGUAUGGAAGGUGAAGAAGAGCGGGUCUUGCCUGACUACUAUGACUCUCUGUCUGCUGUUCCAGAUAUUCCUCCCAAACUUCAAUGGGUUGAAGAUGCCGACGGACAACUCAUAGAUCGAUCUGAUGAGUUUCUUCGGAUGGUCCCGAGUGGCCACUUCACCGCUCCUAAAAGUUUCUUGACGGGGAAGGUGGAGGCCAAUAUGCGACAGAUGCAGGAAACGAGGAAGUUGUGUUCCAAGAUUGGCGUCAUCAAGCAAAUGCAACUGCAAGCCCAAAUGUACAAUAAUCAAUUCCCCAAAUACGAACCAGAACCAUUCAUCGAAGCAGACAUUGAACCUUAUGUCGUCUCAGACGAUGGACCCAUCAUGGCUACUUGGGUUUGCAAAGCCGCCUUGCAACGAUCGGUGGCGAAACUUUGCUAUCACGCUGGAUUCGAGGAACUUCAGCCCAGCGCUUUGGACGUCAUCACCGACAUUGCUGGUGACUUCUUUACUAAGCUUGUGCAAACAUUCAAUGUUUAUCGCGAAACGCCGAAGGUGCCGGCGAUUGGGUCAGCUACAGAAGCUGGAGCAAAAUGGCAAGAGACAUUCACCGACGAAGAAGUUGUCCUCCACACACUGAGCGAGAACGGCCUUGAAGUUGAGAGCUUGGAAAGCUACGUCAAGGACGAUGUGGAGCGUCUUGGCGCUAAACUCGGAGUCAUGCACGAUCGUAUGAAGGCACAUCUCUCUGAUCUCUUACGUCCCGCUCUUACAGAUGGAGGCGCGGAUGGAUCUGGAGCUUUCAAUGAUGGCAGCGAGCAGUUCGUGGGUGGCGACUUUGCCGAAGAACUCGGAGAAGAUUUCUUCGGCUUCAAGGCUCUUGGCUUGGACGCUGAGUUCGGAAUGGCAAGCCUCUCGGUACCUCUGCAUCUACUCCACACAAGACUCUACCAGAAUCCAACAACUGCCGUUGCGCAAGGACCAUCGACUGACAUCUUCGCGCCGCUGCCUCCUCUGGAGCCAGUCACCAAGGAGAACCUUCAGGACCAGAUCGGUCUGGUUCGAAACUUCUUCCUCGCCAAAUUGCAUGCCAAUGACGAUGAGCCGUUACUCGAAGACGAAGAGCUACCAGCCAAGCAAAGACCUUCGAGACCCCGUCUUGGCCCUACUGGAAAGAUCACCAGUCCAAGGAAGCGCCCCCUCAAGGAACAGUCUGGAAACGCCAAAAAGAAGAAGAAACUUGACAACGGCACGGCAAUGGAUCCUGCCACAGGUGCAAAAUCUGGCGUCAACAGCAGCCCGGAAAAACCCAAUCCUCUGACGGCUUCUGCAAAAAAAUUGAAGCUUGGCUUGCCCAACGGAGGACCUAUCUCCAUGGAAAGAGCAGAAAGCAGCCAAGGCAACGCAAGCCAGAAUGAAAAAGACGAUGGCAGUGCCGUAGGCAUGAUGAGUCCAGAAAGCAUCGAACGGUAA